AUGGCAUUUGCCAAUUACAGCAGUCUUAACCGGGCUCAACUAACCUUUGAAUAUCUACACACAAAUUCAACCACUCAUGAAUUUUUGUUUGGUGCCCUUGCUGAACUGGUUGAUAAUGCAAGAGAUGCCCAUGCCACCCGAAUAGAUAUUUAUGCUGAAAGGCGAGUGGACCUUCGAGGAGGAUUCAUGCUUUGUUUUCUGGAUAAUGGAGCAGGAAUGGACCCAAAUGAUGCUAUCAGUGUGAUCCAAUUUGGGAAAUCAGGCAAACGAACACCAGAGUCCACACAGAUCGGGCGGUAUGGGAAUGGGCUAAAAUCAGGCGCAAUGCGUAUUGGGAAGGAUUUCAUCCUAUUCACCAAGAAGGAAGACACCAUGAGCUGCCUCUUCCUGUCUCAAACCUUUCAUGAGGAAGAAGGCAUCGAUGAAGUGAUAGUCCCAUUGCCUACUUGGAAUAUGCAGACCCGAGAGCCUGUCACAGACAAUGUGGAGAAGUUUGCCAUAGAGACAGAGCUCAUCUACAAGUAUUCUCCCUUCCACACUGAGGGAGAAGUGAUGGCUCAGUUCAUGAAGAUUUCUGGGAAUAGUGGAACCCUGGUGAUCAUUUUUAAUCUCAAGCUCAUGGAUAAUGGAGAGCCUGAACUAGACAUAGCCUCAAAUCCGAAAGAUAUCCGGAUGGCAGAGCUAUCCCAAGAAGGCAUGAAGCCGGAGCGGUACUCCUUCUGUGCCUAUGCUGCUAUGCUCUACAUCAAUCCCCGGAUGAGGAUUUUCAUUCACGGCCACAAAGUGCACACCAAAAAGCUCUCCUGCUGCCUGUACAAGCCCAGGAAGUACACAUUCGCAUCAAGCCGUUUCAAAACCCGGGCAGAACAAGAGGUGAAGAAGGCAGAACAAGUAGCACGGCUUGCUGAGGAGAAGGCCCGGGAAGCAGAGAGCAAAGCUCGCGCAUUGGAGACACACGUAGGUGGAGACAACUCCAGGGACUCCAGGGUGAUGUUGCGGCAGGUCCAGAACACAGCCAUCACCCUUCGAAGAGAAGCUGAUGUCAAGAAGAGGAUCAAGGAUGCCAAGCAGCAAGCCCUCAAAGAACCCAAGGAACUGAACUUUGUUUUUGGGGUCAACAUUGAACACCGUGACCAUGAUGGCAUGUUUAUUUACAACUGCAGCCGCCUGAUCAAGAUGUAUGAAAAAGUGGGCCCACAGCUGGAAAAAGGCAUGACAUGUGGUGGGGUUGUUGGGGUCAUUGAUGUGCCCUACUUGGUCCUGGAGCCUACACACAACAAGCAAGACUUUGCUGAUGCCAAGGAGUACCGCCACCUGCUGCGGGCGUUGGGGGAGCACCUGGCACAAUAUUGGAAGGACAUAGCCAUUGCCCGGCGUGGAAUCACUAAGUUCUGGGAUGAGUUUGGCUACCUCUCUGCCAACUGGAACCGACCCCCAUCUGAUGAGCUGCAUUUCAAACGCCGGAGGGCUAUGCAAGUCCCGGCCACCAUACAGUGCGAUUUGUGUCUGAAGUGGAGGACCCUCCCCUUCCAGUUAAGUGCUAUAGAAGAUGGUUACCCAGACAACUGGGUUUGCUCCAUGAACCCUGACCCUGAGCAGGACCAGUGUGAGGCUUUUGAACUGAAGGAGAAGAUUCCCAUGGGAAUAUUAAAAAGGGUUCCAAAGACACAAGAAGAAAGGCAGAAGCAGCUGACAGAGAAAAUUUGCCAACAGCAGAGGAAGCUUAAGGCCCUUAAGAAAACCAAACCCAUUUGUUCCCUAGGGGACCUGAAAAAAUUACCUUUGGAAGUAACCAUGAGACCUUUCACUAAAUGUCCUGCUCAGAGACUUCACUGUCUUCAACCACCUGUGUGUGGAGUGAACAAGAAUACCCGAAGAAGACCCCAGUCCAUGCAUGCUCCUAGACCAUCCAGACCGCUCCAGAGGGCUUCUAUCUUCUGCCCCAACCCAAAAUCUCCUGCUCUAGCAGCCCAAAGAGAGGCCACGCUGCUCCAGCCACCUGAGACACCCCCAAAGCUGGGGAGCCCCAUGGUCAAAACUGUAACCCAGCCCACUCCUCUGGUCCAAUUCCUGUCAAUGUCUGUAGUCCCCAGUUCCAACAACCUUUGUAAGGUGGAAACCCCGGAAUCCAUGAAGACUCCAGUGACAGAGAAGCCAGAUCCUCCCAUUAGGCCCUCACUGGUAUGGUGUAAUCGUAAGCGGAGUCUUGAAGUCUCUGAUGAGGAAGAGGCUGAGGAGAAAAGGAAGGAGUCUUGCAAAUGGGGCAGACUGACUGUGAAUGAGGAAAAGAUUCAGGCUAACGAGCUCUCAGACAGUACCGAGGAAGAGAAUCCGGCUGACCUCAAGACAGCUGAGAAAGAUAAAGGGCUGUACGUAGCGGUUCGCGUGAAAGGAGAGUGCUACAGGGGCCAUGUCACCGCCGUGGAGGUGGGCGAGAACGCUGUGUGGUGGAAAGUCAAGUUUGAAGAUGUACCCAGGGAUGCUACACCGAGAGACUGCUGGGUAGAGAAAGGCAGUGCAAAUGUAUGGCUGAUGAAACCAUCGCCAGAGUAUCAGAGCACUGAUGGGCAGCAAGAGAGUGUGAAAGAAGAGGAAGACACCAUGGACCUGCAGGUGAUGGCGUUACAGGGCUCCUCCACCUCUGACUGCUACUGCAUUGAACCUGACACUACGGCACCAAAGGCCAACCAUGAGACCACUGACCUCCUGGUCCAGAUUCUCUGGAACUGCCUACGUUAUUUUAUGCCUCUGAGUUUUUCCAUAUCCAAGAAGGAGCUGGGCGCAAUGAAUUCAGAAGAGUUACUGUCUCUUCCUCUGAAAGAGUGUUUUAAGCAAUAUGAAGCAGGGCUCCAGAAUCUCUGUAAUUCCUACCAAAGCUGUGCUGACUCCAGAGCCAGGGCCUCAGAGGAGAGCCUACACAUCUCUCAAAAAAAGCUCCGGGAGACAGAGGAGAAACUCCAGAAGCUAAGGACCAAUGUCAGGGCACUCCUGCAGAAAGCGCAGGAGGACUUAAACAUCAGCUCAGAUGAUGAGCUGGAUGCCUACAUUGAGAAUCUCAUCACCAAUGAAGACUGA